GUGUCUCAAGUUGCUGAUAAUAUUUUAAGGUGUUUGUAUUUAUCACAAGUUAUAGAAAAGUCAAAAUGGAAGUUACAUACAACAUUAAUGAUAAAACUUUAGAAGUAACGGAGGAAAUGAAAGAUGCUUUUGCUAAAGAUGGAUACAUAAUAGUUAGAAAGUUAUUUGAAAAUGAGGAACUUGUGAAAAUGAAGAGAAAUUAUGAGGAGGGUGAAGAUUAUCACAAGUUUAAGUUUAUGGUGAAAGACAAAGAUGGCAACCAGAGCGCACAGAUCACAUGGAAUUUUCCUGGGAAUGAUGUGUUUGGUAUGGCUGCAAGGUGUGAAAAACUUGCAGGAACUUGCCAACAGCUUUUGGGUGGUGAAGUGUACCAUUACCACUCCAAGUUUGUUGUCAAAGACCCAAAGACAGGCGGUCAGAGAGCUUGGCACCAAGAUUAUGGAUAUUGGUACAAAAAUGGCUGCCUUUUCCCUGACAUGAUGACAGUAUUUAUUGCUAUAGACCCGGUCAAUAAAGGGAAUGGUUGUCUUCAGGUGUUGCAAGGAUCACAUCGGGCUGGCAGAGUGGAGCACGGACAGUUUGGUGGUGAGCAGGGUGCGGACAUUGAGCGUGUUGAAGAAUUAAAAAAAUUCUGUCCACUCAAGUUUGUUGAGAUGGAUCCAGGGGAUGCACUGUUUUUCCACUGCAAUCUGUUACACACCAGCGACAUCAACUCUAGUGAUGGCAGACGUCUGGCGUUUCUUCCAGCAUACAACAGGAAGUCAAAUGAUCCUGUGAUUGACAGUCACCAUCCAAGAUAUACACCCUUAGAGAUGGUACCGAACAAUGCAGUUCUCGAGUGUGACAAUUAUACAGGUAUGGAGGGAAAAGGUUUCCUGGACAUGGCCAAUCUAAAGACACUGAAAUCUCAAGUGCAAUUCAACAAGUAGAUUGGUGCAAAUCGAAUUCUAGGAAAGACUUAAAUUUUAUGUUGUCAGAAUAUGUUGCUUGACCUCCAGUUGUUUAAUUUAACAAGUUUGUGCAUUCUUUACAUGUAAAAAAUGGUUCAGUUAAAUUAUUAGAAAAACAAGUAUUUUGUCUGCUUUAUAAAUCAUUCCCAUUGUUGCUUUCAUUCAUUUUAAUUUUCUUAUUAUUGUAAUAAAACCAUGAAAAGCA